AUGGCUGCGUGGCUGUUGUUGGCGUUUUGCGGGGCGGCCCUGGCCGAGACCGACCGUAUUCAGAUGCCGGAUGGAGUCGUGCCCAAGGCCGAUUCCUAUGUUUGCACGUAUGCCCCGUUGGAUCCGGAGAAGCACCACUAUUUGACCGGUUUUGAGCCGUUGGUGGAGAAGGGACUGGCGCAUCACAUUUUGCUGUUCGGUUGUGAAGAGCCGGGAAGCUACGAUUCCGUUUGGGAUUGCGGUGAGAUGUCGGCCCGUUAUGAGAGCCUCGAGAAGGGCCCGGUGUGCCAAUCGAAACCGCACAUUUUGUAUGCGUGGGCAAAGGAUGCGCCCGAUCUCACAUUGCCCAAGGACGUCGGCUUCCAAGUUGGGGGCUCGUCGAACAUCAACUUCUUGGUGAUGCAGGUGCACUAUAUGCACGAGAAGGAUGUGGAAGAUAAGACCGGAAUCGCCCUCACCCACACUGAGGAGCCGCAGCCAAAGCAGGCGGCAACGAUGCUACUGGUGACUGGAGGCCAGGUGCCGCCGCAGAGCGUCGAGAGCUUCGAAACAGCCUGCGUAAUGGAGGAGUCUGUUGUACUGCACCCAUUCGCCUACCGUACCCACACCCAUCGUCAUGGCCGUGAUGUUAGCGGAUGGAUUGUGCAGGAGAAUGCACAGGGUGAGGAUCGGUGGUCAAAGAUCGGACAGCGCGACCCGCAAUUGCCGCAGAUGUUUGUCCCGGUGGAAAACAAGACGAUGGAGAUCCGAAAGGGCGAUAUGCUGGCCGCCAGGUGCAUCAUCGAGAAUAACGAGGACCACGUGAUCGAGAUGGGGGCUACGGGAGAGGACGAGAUGUGCAACUUCUACAUUAUGUACUGGACCGAGGGAGAGACCCUUUCCGACAACACGUGCUUCUCCCCGGGGGCCCCCAACUACUACUGGUCAUCGGAGGCCAUGCUGAACCAUAUCCCCGGCUUC